AUGGCGGAAGAGAAGCUGGAAGGGCGCCAUAUUGCCAGGGGGGUGUGUCCCUGUUCCGGCGCCCAUGAAAGGGAAAUCGGGUGCCUGUGGAAUCCCUACAAGGUCCAGCCCGGCGGAGCCGCCCCUCAGGCCCGUCCUUCGGAGCCACCUCAUUCCCCAGGACCCCGGCACACACCACGACAAUGGCGGGCACGUGACCGCUCGCAACUCGCCUUCCACGCGAAUUCCUUACCCGCCGCUUUCAACACUGGCGGCCACAGGCAGCGCGGCCAGAGCGGCCUCCAAGCGCCGGAAGAAGCGGCGCAUCCUGGGAAGGAGCGACGCAUCCUGGGAGCGACGGUGCGUGCUGGGAUGUGUAGUCCGCGGAGCGACCUCGGCCGUAGCGGCCUCUCAGGUCCCUGCAGCAACAAGAGCCGGGGAGUCCAAGCGGCCCUGAGGCCCCGUCCCGAGGACAAAAUGCCCUUCGGCCCCCCGCCCGCACGCCUCGGCCGGGACAGUCCCCAGUCCCGCUGGCCUAGGAAGAACUACAACAUGUCCGCCUCGCCCUUCCCAACGCGCGAGUGCGAUUGGGCUGUGUCAUGUGACUCAGAGCGACGCGUCUGGUUGGCUGCAGCCUGGUUACCGCGGCGACGGAACGACCCGGCUGCCCAGCGUCCAGGCCGGGUCAGCGCCUUCCGGUCCCGCGGGGCCGAAGGGCCGGGGAGGGCAGGAGGCGGCGGCGGCGGCGGCCUCGCUCUCCCUCAGGGGCUGCAGAUGGGAGCCCGGGGCGCUGGAGAAGGCGGCCCCGGACCCGUCCACAACGAGCGGGGCUCUAACUCAGGGGGAGGCUCAAGGCCCGAGCGAGGGGGCGUGGGCACAGACGCAGACCCAGCCCCGCUAACUCGCUUCUGCUCUGAAGAGCGUCUGACCACCCGCGGCAGAAUCUCGGCUCUGGACCUCGUGCACCUGCAUUUCCAGCUGUGGAGCAGUCAGGAAAUCUGUGCUGCACCCCAGCUGUUUCCAGAGAACCCACAGGAAGGGCAGGUGAAGCAGGGGCUGCUGGGGGACUGCUGGUUCCUGUGCGCCUGCGCUGCCCUGCAGAAGAGGCGACACCUCCUGGACCAGGUCAUUCCUCCAGGACAGCCGAGCUGGCACGACCAGACGUACCGUGGCUCCUUCACCUGUCGAGUUUGGCAGUUUGGACAUUGGGUGGAGGUGACCAUAGAUGACCGUCUGCCUUGUCUUGCAGGGAGACUCUGCUUCUCCCGGUGCCAGAGAGAGGAUGUGUUCUGGCUUCCCUUACUGGAAAAGGUCUACGCCAAGGUCUAUGGGUCCUAUGAGCACCUGUGGGCAGGGCAGGUGGCGGAUGCCCUGGUGGACCUAACUGGUGGCCUGGCAGAAAGGUGGAACCUGAAGGACUUAGGCACCAGCGGCCAACAGGAUAGGCACGGCAGCGGGGAGCACAGGACUUGUCGGCAGCUGCUCCGCCUGAAGGACCGGUGUCUGAUCAGCUGCUCGGUGCUCAGCCUCAGAGCAGGUGCCAGGGAGCUGGGAGAGUUUCAUGCCUUCAUUGUUUCUGAUCUGCGGGAGCUCCGAGGUCAGGCUGGCCAGGAUGUCCUGCUGCUGCGGAUUCAGAACCCCUGGGGCCGGCGGUGCUGGCAGGGGCUCUGGAAAGAGGGGGGUGAAGGGUGGAGUCAGGUAGAUCCAGCGGAAGCAUCUGACCUCCUGUCCCAGCUCCAGGAAGGGGAGUUCUGGAUGGAGGAGGAAGAGUUCGUCAGGGAGUUUGAUGAGAUCACCAUUGGCUACCCAGUCACGGAGGCCGGUCACCUGCAGAGCCUCUACACAGAAAAGGUGCUGUGCCACGUGCAGGCGCUGCCAGGGGCCUGGGUCAAGGGGCAGUCAGCAGGAGGCUGCCGGAACAACAGCAGCUUUCCCAGCAACCCCAAAUUCUGGCUGCGGGUCUCGGAACCGAGUGAAGUGUAUGUUGCUGUCCUGCAGAGGCCUGGGAUGCACAAGGCAGACUGGGCAGGCCGGGCCCGGGCACUGGUGGGAGGCAACUGGCCCUCAUGCAGUCCAGCGAGCUUCCCAGGCAAGGACUACCAGGCCGUGGGCCUCCACAUCUGGAAGGUCGAAAAGCGGCGGAUCAGCCUGCCCAGGGUCCUGUCUGCACCCCCCGUGGCUGGCACCAUGUGCCACGCUUAUGACCGGGAGGUCCACCUGCACUGUGACCUCUCCCCAGGCUACUACCUGGCCGUCCCCAGCACCUUCCUGAAGGACGUGUCAGGGCAGUUCCUGCUCCGAGUCUUCUCUACGGGGAGAGUGUCUCUCAGUGCUGUCAGGCCAGUGGCCAGGAGCGCCGCACCCGGAGCAGCCCUGCCCGCCGGGGAGUGGGAGAUCGUGCAGCUGCGGGGCUGUUGGAGAGUCGGCCAGACGGCGGGGGGCAGCAGGAACUUUGCCUCCUACCCCACCAACCCCUGCUUCUCUUUCUCGGUCCCUGAGGGCGCCGGCACCCGCUGCGUCCGCAUAACUCUGCAUCAGCACUGCCAGCGCAGCGACGGCGAGUUCCACCCCAUCGGCUUCCACGUCUUCCAGGUUCCAGCGGGUGGUGGGAGCCAGGGUGCGCCAUCCCUGCUGCUCCAGGAUCCACUGCUGAGCUGCGUGCCGCAUCGCUACGCCCAGGAGGUGAGCCGACUCUGCCUUCUGCCAGCAGGGACCUACAGGAUCGUGGCUUCCACCUACUUGCCGGACACAGAGGGUGCCUUUACGGUGACCAUAGCAACCAGAAUAGACAGGCGGUCCCUUCACAGCCAGGAGAUGCUGGGGCAGUUCCUCCAAGAGGUCUCCAUUAUGGCGGUGAUGAAAGCCUGAGUAGCCCUGUGCGUUGUGGCAGCUGGUUCUGAGCCCUGGCCCACCUCACAGCUCUGCAGAGCAGCUGUGCCUGGGGGUCCAAGUAAAGUGCCCCGUCCCAGAGAGAUGUAGCCCUAGGGUCCAGCAGGUGCUACAGGAGGGGCAAGAAGAACUGAGUGGCAUCUUGUCACGCCGCUGAGACAACAGAUCCCACAGUUCCAGGAGCUUCCCAGAAUUCCUCCCAAGUCACCUUUCAUUGACUCCAGACAGAGGCCUUAUACCAUGUGGGAGUGUAUUUCAACAAAUCUUGUUAAAACUAUUUAUUAUUUGAAACAUUUUUCAGAUAUAACUUUAUAAACAUGAGCUUUGAGCAAUUCUGUUCCAA